UGAAGUGAAUGUGGCGACUCCGGUCCGCGACAGCAUUUGCAGACAAUGUUAGUCGCCAAAAGCAUAUGCCGCAGGUUCUCUCCCUCCCAACAAGGGAAGAGAUUUGGCUGCCGAGGCCGUAGACGCAACGACUCGAAGUCGUCGAUGAAGCUGCAGCCCUACAUUUCCCGCCUGCCGCUCGAGCCGCAAUCGAACCACGAAUGAGAUCGGCCACGGAAGGCCGCUAUCGCCGCUCGCUCUAUGGACGCUUUAUGCAAGCAUGGCGAUGGCUAUCUUCUCUUUUAGGAGUGCAAAUCAUAGCAAAGCAAUGUAGAAUGGGACGUGUUCCUGUACGCCAUUGAUCAUAUCGCAACGUGUGCAAUCAGUCGAGUCUACAUGAAGGUGAAGAGACGCUGUUACCUUGGGUACCGUGGCCCUGUUCGCGAGAGUAAGCCUGCAUCGGCUUUAUCUGCACGUACAGACUCAAUACAAUCAUGGAGGAGCGGAGCCGCAUACCGCCUGGGGUCCCUCGACGCGAUCCGACCACAUCCUAUUGGCAAGUGCCGCCAUCCGACAUAGCGUCUCUGCGAAGCACGGCGGAAUUGCCAACUACCGCAGACUAUGUGAUUGUCGGUUCGGGUGUUAGCGGAUCGUGCAUCGCUUUCAACCUUCUCUCGCAGCUGCCGGGUGCCAGAGUGGUGAUGCUGGAGGCGAGGCAAGCGGUCAGCGGUGCCACUGGACGUAACGGUGGUCACACAAAGGCCUCUUCGUACCGUAGCUUCCUUGACCACGAGCGAGAGCUAGGCACCGCUGAGGCCGUAAAGAUUGCAAGGCUUCAGUAUGCCAAUAUUGUGGCGACCCAUGCUUUGGCCCGCGAACACGGCAUUAGCUGCGCUUCAACGAUGUGUAGUACCGUAGACAUUAUAUACAGUCAAACUCACCUGUCACUAGGGCGUAAAGCUAUAGAAAGGAUGCGGCAAGUCAUGGGCGAGGAUGAUCCGGCUGCCCAGUAUAGCAUUUGGACUGCAGCAGAAGCAGCCAAGCAGUUUCGUACGCCGAACGCAUUGGGUGCUUUUGAAUCCAUGGCUGGUAGUCUGAGUGCUUACGACUUCACCACUGGGGUGUUGAAACUAUCGCUGUCAUUGGGCCUGAACCUACAAACUGCCACGCCAGCUGAGUGUAUAAGGCCCGAGAUGGUUGAGGGUCAGACGCAGUGGACAGUGAGUACCGCACGAGGCUCUAUCAAGACUGCGAAUCUUGUGCUGGCCACCAACGGGUACACCGCGCAUUUACUGCCUGAGAUGCAAGGCAUCAUAGUGCCGCUGCACGGCCAGAUCGUUGCUCAGCGUCCCGGAAGCGGUCUGCCACAGACAGGUUUAAAGCACACAUAUUCCUUCAUCCAAGAGAGCGGAUACGAAUACAUGAUUAGCCGGCCACCAAGCUCCUUCGAUCCAGGCACGAUUGUCAUUGGAGGCGGAAUCUGGCAGCUGCCAAAUGACGGAGCUUCAAGGUAUGGCGAGACGGACGACUCCUCGCUGGAACCGACAAUUACCUCCUACCUUCGCAAAUGCACGGCAGAUUACUUCGGACCAAAUUGGGGUUCUGACCACCCACAAGGCCGCGUCAAGAAAGAGUGGAGCGGAAUCAUGGGUGCUUCCGCAGAUGGACUUCCGUAUGUUGGUGCGUGGCCGGAUAAGCCAGGCCUCUGGAUCUCGGCAGCGUUCAACGGCCAUGGUAUGGUGUGGUGUUUGAAGGCAGCUGAGGCGCUCGUAGGAUUGAUGACUGGCAACGAAGCUGAGCGUAGAGUCGUACAGCAUUGGUUCCCACGAUCGGCCAUUAUCAGCAAUUUGCGCAUGGCGCGCAAGUUCACCGGUAGGAAGGAUUUGAAGGCCCCCGGAGAAGCAGCCUUUGGAGAAAGGAGCCGACUUUAAUAUGAGUUGCGCUGCAUCAUCCCAUCUCCGACAUUCUAGAAGGCGGUGAGCGCGAUGAAUACGUGUCAGAUUUCAGUAGAGUAUAUGAUACACUGGUGCAUACUCUGUGCAGCUUCUCAAUACUGGUAGCUGUAGUUGUCACACGCAGCCCAUAAUUAGAA